GCCAGUCGCCACACACAGGCACACGCAGGCCCCAGGGCCGCGCCCUAAGGAGAGCGGCACCCACGGCCAAUUGCCAUGGCAACCCCGGGGUUCGUUCCAUUCCCCACCCAGCCGGUCCCCCCUCCUCCUGCCUGCCCUGCAGCCAACCGGCUCGAGCGCGUCCCGCGAGCGCGCUAUAAAACCUAAGCCGGUGCCGCCGGGGAGCAGAGGCGGGCGCCCGACCUGCAGCGGGGCCAGCGGGGUGGAUCUGGGGCGCCCGGUCUUGUUCCGUCCACGCCGGAGGGGAAAGCCUGACCAUGCAGAGCGUGCAGAGUCUGCCCAAGCGGUGCAUCGGCCUGGCCUUCCUGCUGCUCCAGGUCCUGGGGCAGGUCGCUGCCACCCAGCGCUGUCCCACCCAGUGCCCUGCCCGGUGUCCCAAGACGCCGCCAACCUGCGCCCCCGGGGUGCGAGCCGUUCUGGACGACUGCUCCUGCUGUCUGGUGUGCGCCCGCCAGCGCGGCGAGAGCUGCUCCCUGCUGGAGCCGUGCGAGGAGAGCCGCGGCCUCUUCUGCGACCGCAGAGCGGACCCCAGCGCGGGAACCGGCAUCUGCAUGGCGGUAGAAGGAGACAACUGUGUGUUUGAUGGGGUCAUUUACCAAAGCGGGGAGACCUUUCAGCCCAGCUGCAAAUACCAGUGUGCCUGCAGAGAUGGGCAGAUUGGCUGUGUGCCCCGCUGCGGAGAGGACCUGCUCCUGCCCCAGCCCGACUGCCCAGCUCCCAGAAAAGUUGAAGUGCCGGGGGAGUGCUGUGAAAAGUGGAUCUGUGACUCAAAUGAGAAGGGGGAGUUGGGAGGCCUCGCCCUUCCAGCCUACAGGACAGAAGCCACGCUAGGAGUUGCGGUCUCCGACUCCAGCAUCAACUGCAUUGAACAGACCACAGAGUGGAGCGCAUGUUCCAAGAGCUGUGGCAUGGGUUUUUCCACCCGGGUCACCAACAGGAACCCACAGUGUGAAAUGGUGAAGCAGACUCGGCUCUGCAUUGUGCGACCCUGUGAGCAAGAGCCCAAGCAGCCCACAGAUAAGAAAGGAAAGAAGUGUCUCCGCACCACGAAGUCACUCAAAGCCAUCCACCUGCAAUUCAAGAACUGCACCAGCCUCCACACCUACAAGCCCAGGUUCUGUGGGGUCUGUAGUGAUGGCCGAUGCUGCACCCCCCACAACACCAAAACCAUCCAGGUGGAGUUCCAGUGCUCCCCAGGGCAGAUCAUCAAGAAACCAGUGAUGGUCAUCGGGACCUGCACCUGUCACAGCAACUGUCCUCAUAACCACGAGGCCUUCCUCCAAGAGUUAAAGCCAAACACCAGCAGAGGGGAAAUGUAACAUGUAAUCCUUGAGAAGCAUACCUACAGAGGCAAACUGUAGCUACCCACCAUCAAAUGAAUAUAAGAAAAAUUAGGAAGAAUUAUUAUUUUACCCCUGAAUCUUAUGUAUUUUCUGUGGUCAUAUGCGGUCAGUUAUAUCUGUCUUUUUUUUUUAAUUAAAGAUAUGAUUAACUGUAAACUUGAAAUCAAGGUAAGCUCAGGAUAGUACUUAGGGAUGACUUACUUUUCUGUGGUAUUUACUACAAACAAAAAUUUGUAUAAAUUUAAGAAAUAAGAUACAUGUUUUACUGUGUAGACUAUCACAUUACACUCAUCUUAUUUUGUUAUACACUAGUGCAAUAUCAAGAAAAUGUCAGUCAUGAACAUCACAAUGAGGUUCAAUAUCAUACUGAACAUGUUGUCAUAUGAAUAUUUUGCCAUAUAGUGAGGUUUGACUUGAUGGGGUUUCUGUUGAACUCUCUUUUUGAGUGGCUCAACUCUCAACUUCCAAGUUCAAGAUCUGAGGAAAUGUGUAGCUCUUCAGUUUGAAAGCCAGAGACUGUUAGUCUUCUGUUGUGUUGCAUACUAAGAAACAAGAUGUAUCUACAGGAGUGGAAUAUUUGUUAGUUAAGUGGACUGGUGUUAUAAACUUGUUCCAUUGGAGACAGUAGACUCCUUGCCAAAGAAAGAAACCAAACAGAAAACUCCCCCUCAUACAGAGAUGGCCCACCUCUCAGCCCUCAUACAUUUCUAUAUGCUGGAGGCUAGUGGGACUCACUGCUUUUUCACUCAGAAGAGGCAGAACACGUCAGCAGAGAUUUUCUUUACCUUACUGAUGAGUAAACUGGGGCCCAAAGCACCUGAUUACAACCUUUGAUGACUUUCAAGUGUGCUGGUCUUAGAUUCUGAGAAAGAAGGACAAAUCAACAUGACUGUGGUGGAAAAAUACCAAAAAUUUUAUGGGAGUUCAGAAUGAUGGUAGACAUACCCAGAACUUAUCGUUGGGCCCUAAUUACACAAACUCACGAACAAGAUAUAUGUGUAUACAUAUGUGUAUCUAAUUUGUCAGGCUACAAGAUAGGCUGCAAACUUAAAUGUAUACAUUCUUUUGUCACCACAUGUGUUCAGCUUUUCUCUUUUAAAGUAUUUAUAUAUAAGUUAUACAUUUAAAAAAAAAAUUCUUUUUACUUUCUCUGUUUGUCAGACCUCACUAAAUAAACAUGAUUUUAUCAAA